CAGAUAAUAAUCCAGCCCUGGAGGAGGAUACACUCCAGCUGUCACUAUAAAUUGUUGUUGAAGCAGGUUGGAAUUUUGAUUCUGAAGAUUCUGAGGUGACUGAAGUUUCCUUGCUGCGCUGCAUCUUGUCAUCAGUCAUUUGAUCCUUCAUUUCAAGAGUUUUGGUGACCAUCUGCUGAUCCUGCAAAACCUCUGAAACAAUGGCAGACAUUGUCUCUAAGGUGUUCAAUGAUCCCGUUCAUGGCACCAUUGAGCUGCAUCCAACACUUGUCAAAAUCAUCGACACUCCUCAGUUUCAGCGACUUCGAAACAUCAAGCAGCUUGGCGGAUUAUAUUAUGUUUAUCCUGGAGCGUCCCACAACCGCUUUGAACACAGCAUUGGGGUGGCACAUUUGGCUGGAGAACUUCUUCAGACUCUCAAAGAGAAGCAGCCACGUCUCAAAAUUAAUGACAGAGACAUCCUUUGUGUGCAGAUUGCUGGACUUUGUCAUGACCUGGGACAUGGACCAUUUUCCCACAUGUUUGAUCAAAAGUUUAUACCCAGAGCACGUCCUAAAUAUGCCUGGACCCAUGAGAAGGCAUCUCAAAAAAUGUUUGACCAUAUGGUGGAAGAAAAUAGAUUGGAUUCCCUGAUGCCUAAAAAGGACUGGGCCUUUAUAAGGGAGCUGAUCGAUCCUCCAAAGAUUGCUAAGUGGCCACACCAUGGCCGUCCUAAAGAGAAGGCCUUCCUCUACGAAGUUGUGUCCAACACAAGGAACAAGAUUGAUGUGGAUAAGUGGGAAUAUUUUGCUAGGGACUGCCAUCAAUUGGGUAUACAGAACAAUUUUGACUGCCAUCGCUUGAUUAAAUUUGCCAGAGUGUGUAAAGUGGAUGGGAUGAAUCAGAUCUGUUACAGAGACAAGGAGGUGUUCAACCUGUACAACAUGUUCUACACAAGGUUCUCUUUGCACAAAAGAGCCUACCAGCACAAAGUGGGCAACAACAUAGAGUGGAUGAUCACAGAUGCUUUUCUGAAAGCAGAUAAACACUUCAAGAUUGAAGGCAAGGAAGUUAGGAGGGGCAUUAGGAAGAAGUGCACUCUCUCCAAAGCUAUUGAUGACAUGGUGGCAUAUACUAAGCUGACAGAUGCUGUAUUUUAUGAGAUAUUGAACUCCUCCUCUGUGAGGCUUCAGGAGGCACGGAAAAUACUGGAAAGGAUAAUGCAAAGAAACCUCUACGUGUGUCUGGGGGAAUUUUCAUCAGAUAAGAGUCUGGACGAAAUGAAGAAUCAGUGGGAGGAGCAUCUCAAAGGGGGAAACCCAGACGAUUAUGUUGUGGAAUUAGUCAAGUAUAACUAUGGAAUGAAUGAAGAAGACCCCAUAAAUCACGUGAGGUUCUACAAAAAGCAAAAGCCAAAUGAAGCCAACCCUAUCGACAGAGCUGAGGUAUCUUUACUUCUUCCAGAGCGGUUUGAAGAGAAGAAGUUUAGAAUCUACACUAAGAGAACAAAUAAUGUCCAUCUGCGGGAUGACAGAAGGAUCUAUAACGCAUUUCCACCCGCAAAACCACCUCAAGCCUGAGGAAGUAAUCAUGGCACCGGUUCUGAAGACUCUGAAACCAGGUUGGAAUAACCACAGAACUUGAAAGAAAUACAUUUUUUUCUUGUCAAUAAGUAUAACCAUUCAUAAAUUUUAAAUGGGUUUGUAAAAGUGCAGACAAACUGUUUUUGCAUUUAAAGAGGGUUGAAAGUUAAUCUUAUAGGGGUUUAUUUUUUCUUAAAGGUGAAGGUUUUGAUUAACAUAGACAAUAUUUACAUAUCAAGGAAUACAGUAGAAAAAGAUACAUUUGAAACUUUAUUCAAAUAUUUGACUUGUCAUUUGUGUUUGGUGUUUGGUAUAUGGGUAUUUGAUUUAUUAGUUUUAUUCAUACUUAAUCAAUUAGUUUUAGUAAAUUAGGUUUGUUGUCAUCACCUUCCAGGUCUGUUGACAUUACAAAUAUGUCUUUGGGUGUCAUUUAAAUACAAUAUUAUUCUUGACUAAAUGUGUAAUAGUGCCAUUCAAUCUGGACUUGAAUGUGUAAAAUUUUCUCAGGAGUGGUGAGAAUGUAAUCAUUUUAACAAACUUGUUUUAAAGUAAAUUGUGAGAUGUCACAUUGUGUUUCAUUUCUUUCAACACCGUUGUUCUAUACAUUUGUUUUUUUGGUUACAUCUAAAACUUUACCGAAGCCUGAAGCUCAGCUGUAGAAAUGUCAUUGGUCUUUCACCCACUAAAGAACUCAGGAAGAGUCUUGUAGAUACCGUAUAUUGCUAAUAUGAAAGUCAUUUGGCAAAUUUAGACUUAAAGUAUUCGUUUUAUUCUCUUAUUUAAAUUGUUAUUCUGAUUAGAAAUAGUUUGAACAAGUUUUCAUGUGGUGAAAGUGAAGGAGGUCUCAAGGACACUUUUUUUUUAACCAAAAAUAAUCAAAAUAUCAUUGGAAAAAUAACAAAAGCUGGCCAGCAAUUAUAAAACUUGUUGCUUUUGUAUUUUACAAUUUCAGUCUUUACUGCACCAUUUAGAGAAAAUAAAUCCACAACUUACAUCUUUAUUAUUGACUGGUUUAGUAGACAUUUUUAAUAUCUGAUCUGCUUUCAGAAUACAAAUUAAGAAAUAAGUUUUGUAAUAGUUGAAUUGGUUCUUCAUAUCUAUAAGUUAAUGACAUUAACAUUUCCAUCAGCCUAUGAGUGUUUGGUCUGUAGUAUUAAAUUACCCUGGAUUUAACUUCAGCAUAUUAAUCAUUUUGUGUGUGAAUUCAAUUUUAGGAAGACAUUUCUGGUGUCAGGGUUGUGUUUUAUUUUAUUUUUUUAUCCAUUUUUUGUUUGUACUUAAGUGUUGAAAUAGAAUGUGAGUGAGUGAGUGAGUGAGUGAGUG